CCUACGGACGCAUGCUUGGAAGACAUGCGCUUUGCGGCAAAGUCCUCCUUUUCUCCACACACGCUUCUAAGCCUCGGCACAUCUCCUCACAUUGCUACUAACUACACUUUAUUCAUCCUCCGUGUCAGGAUAAACUCCACUCGUCUCAGCCACAUUUGGAGAUUAUUAGGCCCGCUUAGCUUGAUAGUUGUUUGAGUGCGCCAAUUAGCUUAGCAUGCUAGUUAGCUUAGCUUGUUAGCCGCUAACAAAGAGACGCGGAUUUGAUCAACACAUCGCUUAGUUAAGAUCAAGUGUGAGUGUAAAGUGUUGUGAUUGUGUGAAAAUGUGCGAAAGAACGAUAGAAAAGUAUGAGGAGGAACUUUGUUGUGUGAAAAUGUGCGAAAGAACGAUAGCAGAGUACAAAGAGGAACUUUCUCGUACAAAAGAAGAGAACGAGAGACUACGUCAACUAUUGGAGGCUGUUUUCAAGAAACCUCAAGUUGUGUUACACAGAACAGACGUCUGUGAAAAAUAUCGCCCACCUGAGCAGCAGGAGGGGUCCUCCAGUAUGGAGCAGAAGAAGUCACAGUACCUCCACGUGAAAGAAGAGGAGCCACAGCCCCCCUACUUUAAAGUGGAGGAAAAACAGCGGCUGUCCCCCCACUUCAUAAAGGAAGAGAAGAGACACCUCGUCAGUGUGAAGAGUGAAGAUGAUGAGGUCAAAGACAUCUGUGAAGAACAUCUUCACCCUGAGCAACAGAAGUGGAGCUUCAGGAUGCGGACAGAGGAGCCACAGCCCUCCCACAUUAAGAAGGAAGAGGAAUACCUUCAGAUCCCCCAUUUUAAAGAGGAAGAGGAGGACCCACUGAUACCCCUUUUAAAAGAGAAAUCGGUGAAGAGUGAAGAUGAUGAGGUGAAAGGUGAAAGUGAGGAGAGGGGAGGGGGGGAGCCUCCAAGCAGCAGCUCAACACAACACAUGACAACAGAAGCUGAUGGAGACCACUGUGGAGGAUCACAAGCAGACAAGCUCUUAGCUCCACUAUCAGAUAGUGAGGACACAACGUCACACUCUCCUGACACUGAUGAUGAAGACUCUAAAGAUGAUAAGACAUGUCACACUGACAACACUCACUUCACAUCUUCUCACUCUCACAAAACCUUUAAAUACCAUAGUUCUCUGAAAAGACACAUGAGAACACACACUGGAGAAAAACCUUUUUCUUGCUCAGAAUGUGGUAAAGGUUUUACACGAAGUCAACAUUUGAAAGUACACAUGAGAACACACACUGGAGAAAAACCUUUUUCUUGCUCAGAAUGUGGUAAAGGUUUUACACGAAGUCAACAUUUGAAAGUACACAUGAGAACACACACUAGUGAAAAACCUUUCUCUUGUUCAAUCUGUGGUAAAGGUUUUAGAGAAAGUCAACAUUUGAAAAGACACAUGAAAACACACACUGGUGAAAAACCUUUUUCCUGUUCAACCUGUGGUAAAAAUUAUACUCAAAGCCAUAAUUUGAAAACACACAUGAGAAUACACACUGGAGAAAAACCUUUUUCAUGUUCUAUCUGUGGUAAAGAUUUUACUAAGAGGCCACAUUUGAAAAGACACAUGAGAACACACACUGGAGAAAAACCUUUUUCAUGUUCAAUCUGUGGUAAAAAUUUUACUCGAAGGCAAAAUUUUAAAACACACAUGACAAUACACACUGGAGAAAAACCUUUUUUAUGUUCAAUUUGUGUCAAAAAUUUUACUCAAAGGCAAUCUUUGAAAAUACAUAUGAGAUUACACAAUGGAGAAAAAAAUGUUUCCUGCUCAGACUGUGGUAAAAGUAUUGUAAUAAAUCAAAGUUAAAAAUUACAUAUGAGAACACACACUGGAGAAAAACCUCUUUCAUGUUCAAUCUGUGGUAAAGAUUUUACUCGAAGGCAAAAUUUCAAAACACACAUGACAAUACACACUGGAGAAAAAACUUUUUCCUGCUCAUAACGUGGUAAAAAUUUUACUCGAAGGCAAAAUUUUAAACACACAUGACAAUACACACUGGAGAAAAACCUUGUUCCUUCUCAUAAUGUGGUAAAAGUUUUGUCAUAAGACAAAGUUUAAAAGUAAAAAUGAGAACACACGCUGGUGAAAAACCUUUCAUAUGUUCAGUAUGUUGUAAAAGUUAUAUAGAAAGACGACAAUUAAAAUUACACAUGAGAUCGCACUCUGGAGAAAACCCAUACUCCUGUUCAAGCUGCAAUAAAAGCUUUGGUCACCUAAACACUCUUACAGUGCAUAUAAGAACACACGCAGGUGAGAAAGUGUUGAGUUGUGGUGUGUGUGGUGAAAGAUUGUCUUCUAAGUACCAGUGUAAGAAACACAAGUGUGCUGGUGAGAACAGCAGCAGCAAAUGAAACUGCAGGAUUUGAAAUAAACUGUCCAGACUUUCAUUUUGACUUUCUAACAACAUCAACACAUAUAACAUGUGUGACAUCGUUGUUGUGUGUGUAACACAAUCUUGUUUAUAUGAUUCUAUCAUUUAUAGAUUAGAGACUUCAGAUUAGUGUGUUUAUCACAGUCAUGUACAUGAGUUAAUAUACACAUUUGUGUACUUUAAAAUGAACAGAACAAUUUGACUGAAAGGGUGAGAAUAAACAGUACAUAAAAUAUGUUACAUACAAUAAAUAUUGUAUGUGUAAAUAUCCAUAAUUUACUUUUAUACUUAUUCAUAAUAGUGUUUUAUAUGUUUUUUGAAGAAUGGUUGAUUGGCAACACUAAAUGUUCCCUAGUGUGUGAAUGUGAGUGUGAAUGUUGUCUGUCUAUCUGUGUUGGCCCUGCGAUGAGGUGGCGACCUGUCCAGGGUGUACCCCGCCUUCCACCCGAUUGUAGCUGAGAUAGGCGCCAGCACCCCCCGCGACACCGAAAGGGAAUAAGCGGUAGAAAAUGGAUGGGAUGGAUGGACGUGUUACAUAUUUUAUUUUCUAAUUGUAGAUAAUUCCAUAGUUGAAUUCCUUUUAUAUGAUGUACAUAUUUGUUUUACAUGUGUUCAUACCUUUGCUUUUGAGUACACAUAAAUCCCUCUUAGUUCAUAUUUACUGGUUCACAUCUGAAACAUCUUCUGGACCACUUCUGGAAGCAUAUUAUUAUUUACUUUAUACGUCAUUUGAACAGUUGUCUUUUAUACAAGAUCAUUUACUUUUAAAAUGUGUGACUUUAUGAAUUAUUUGUUGGGUCUCUAUAAUCCAUUCUAUUAGUUGUCCUUUUUACUUUCUUGUGUAAUAUGAAUAUUGUUGUGUGAUUGUUUUAUAUGUAUGUCCCCAGACCUUUAUGCAAUAAACAAUGUAUGACUCAACUAAA